UUCCACUUCUCUUCUCUUCUCCUCCUUUUUACUUCUCCCUCGUUCCUCUUGCACCCCUCUUUCUGUCCUUCUCCAUCCUCUCACCAGCUGUCUCCGCAGCGUAGUUCCACCCACCCCGUCAUGGCGCCCAGCAAUGAUACUCGGGGUUGGGUCAUGAGCGCCGUCUCAGGCAUCGCCUGUGUCUUGGGUGCCUCUCUGGUCUGUGCCGAUGUGCUGUUACGCCACUUUUCGCAUCAGAAGAAUUUUCAGAUCGUCAACAACAAUGGCUUCCUAUCGGCCUCUCUCUGUCUGAGCGCCGGAGUCCUGCUCUUUACCUCGCUCUAUAGCAUGCUCCCCACCUCCAACAAAUAUCUGAUUCGAGCGGGGUUCUCCCCCUCCGCCGCCGCCUUCUUCCUGAUCGGCCUCUUCCUCGCCGGUGUUGUCAUCAUCCGCGUCCUGUCCGCCUUCCUUCAUGGGUACAUCCCCUCCCACGUCGUCGAUUGCGACCAUACCCAUGAGCCACACGCGAACGAGGAUCUCGGACACGCACACGGGCAUGGUCACCACCCCCACCCCCACACACCCCACUCUUCCGAGCACACCCCCCUCCUCGCACCCGCGCAGAAAUCGACCACCGGGGUCGUCGCGCCGCCUCACGCGCACGAGGAGAUGCCGUCGGGAGCCUUCCGUCAGGAACCCUGGCGGAAGCGCCUUGUGCGCCAAGUCCGCGGCCUUGUGGGUGGGGUCAAGGCCCACUGUGAUGAGGACGGCCCGUGCUAUGGUUUCUCCCAGGCGUGCGGCCAUGAAUGCGCCAAAACGCUCCUGGAUAAUACGGCGGACGUCGAGAACGGCCGUCCGUCCGUGAUACACUCGCGCAGUCUUCCGGCGCGACCGGUCGCCGCCCCACUGGACGCUCACAACGCCGAGAUCCCCGCAUUGACCUGGGUGUCCCCGGAGCCCAGCUCGUCGGCCUCCUCCCAUAUCGGGCUGGACGGCACAGCCGACCCGGACCUCGCCGCCAAGUCGACGGGCCCCGCGGCCGCUCAGCACCACCACCACGUCCCGCAAAACGCCUUCCUAUCCAUCGGCUUGCAGACCUCAAUAGCCAUUGCGCUCCACAAGCUGCCGGAAGGCUUCAUCACCUACGCCACUAACCACGCCAGUCCGCAGCUCGGCGCUACAGUCUUCCUCGCCCUGUUCAUCCACAACAUCAGCGAAGGCUUCGCCAUGGCAUUGCCCCUCUAUCUGGCCCUCCAAUCCCGCGGCAAGGCCAUGUUCUGGUCCAGCCUUUUGGGCGGGAUCAGUCAGCCCGCCGGAGCCGGCUUGGCCGCCCUGUGGAUCUGGACCACCCAGCGAGCCGCGCCGGGGGAGUCCGCACCAGACCCCUCCUGGGGCGUGUACGGGGGCAUGUUCGCCGCCACGGCCGGCGUCAUGACCUCCGUGGGCUUGCAGCUGUUCAGCGAGGGGCUGGGACUGACCCACCACGGCGGAAUGUGCAUCGGGUUCGCGAUCGGUGGAAUGUGCCUGAUGGGAUUGAGUUUCGCCUUGACUGCAUGAAUGAUUGUUAUUUCCUAGCGUUCGAUUUGAUUCACCUGCGAGGCCUUCCUCCGAACGACUAUAUUUAGCAUGCAUCGUACGCCGUGAACGUGAUCUGGCAUCCGGAAUGGCUUGCAUUUGGAGUUGGUUUGCGGUCUGAUCUUGUAACGAGUGAUGAAUGGUCUGACAUACACGUUCUUCUUCUUUCUUUUCUUCUUUUUUUCAAGUCUGGGUUUGGGUUUGGAAUUAUUGCCUACUGGUGGGCAUAUGGUUUUAUACCACUAGCUAUAGUAAAUACGAUCAUUGAGUUCGUG